AUGGACACUUCCUACCCACGUGAGGACUACCUGCCCGUGACGUCCCACAAGCGGGACCCUUCUCCCACCGUCAUCACCAUCGGCUCCUCCGUGGUGCCCCGUGACCACCUCAUCUGGUCCGUCUUCAACACCAUCUACAUGAACUUCUGUUGUCUCGGAUUCGUGGCUCUUGCCUUCUCUGUCAAGCUGGCGUUUCCGAGAGCCCUCCGAGUGCCGAUACCACGUCAAGGGAGGACUUCCCGAGGAGAGGUGGAGAGGAGCAUCUGAAACGGG